AUGUCGUAGCUAAUACAAUGGCUCUGAAUUUGUUCGUGCAAAAAUAAGAAAACUAACAGCGGUCACCUGUAUAUAAAAGUCGAUGAACGAUGGUCAACCUGUAUCAGUUAGUCAACGCCUUCCAUCAGCUGAACACCAAUAUGAAGUUCAUCAUCUUCGCUACUCUGUUUGUGGUUGCUGCCGCUACCUACGGCAAGGAUAGUACUACUUCCGCACCAGUUUCAGACGCCUCGCAUUCUUCUUCAGUUUCAGAUCCUAACUAUUCAUCUUCAGCUUCAGAUCCUAACUAUUCAUCUUCAGCUUCAGAUCCUAACUAUUCGUCUUCAGCUUCAGAUCCCAACUAUUCGUCUUCAGCUUCAAAUUCUACCUAUUCCUCGUCGGAUUCUUCAGUAUCAACAUACUCCGAGCAAAUUGAUACCACAGUGGUUCACCCAACGCAAGCUACCUCAGAAUUAAAUCACUCCAAAGUAUCGGAAAGUUACGCUGUACUCAACAAUGGCAGUGAUGAAGACGAUGACGAUGAUGAUGACGAUGAUGAUGACGAUAACGAUGAUGACCACACUAAGUACCAUGCUGAAUCCAAAUCUCUAACCGAACAAGAGCCAGAUCAAGCAACUACUUCAUUGUCUUCCUCAGCUUACGGGGAGACUGAGUACACAACCGACUCCAACGUAGUUCAAGUUGAUUCCGUCCCGGCCUACGAGGCUCCCGAAACCGUCACUUCCACCUACGAGACUCCAGUGACCGUCGCUUCCGUCUACGAGGCUCCGGUGGCCGUCGAUUCCGUCUACGAGGCUCCGGUGGCCGUCGAUUCCGUCUACGAGGCUCCGGUGGCCGUUGAUAUCGUCUACGAGGCUCCAGUGGCCGUUGAUUCCGUCUACGAGGCUCCGGUGGCCGUUGAUUCCGUCUACGAGGCUCCAGUGGCCGUUGAUUCCGUCUACGAGGCUCCGGUUACUGUCGAUUCCGUCUACGACGACACUGCCACCAUUCCACCCAAUUUUUUGCCAUACUGGUUACGUCCGGGUUUCACUACAUCGUACUAAGGGCAGUGAUAAUAUUAAAGCUUAUUUAUUGAUUGCCUAAUCUUAAGGUAGUAUCCUUUCGACGCAAUUAACUGUUUAUCAGCAUGAUUGAUUUCAUACAUCAUUGCAUAAUGGAUUUCUUCCUUCCCAUCCCAUCAUGUUCCAGAGAACUAAAUAAUUGGCAAGGUUUGCAUUAUUUUCAAAAUAUUUGGUCAUAUCGAUUUUGUAAUUGCAAACUCUGAACUGAAUAUGACUGGUAAAAUCAUA